GUUCGAUAUCAAAGUCGGAAAAAAUUUGCAGAGCAGCGCCCUCGGGUAAAGGGACAAUUUGUAUGCCAAGUAUCUGAUGAUAAUCCGGCCACUGAUGCUGGUGGUGAUUCAUGAAACUUGUUCUUUCUAAAUUAGUAAUUGCCCUAACAAAAGCCAAGUUUCAUACACACUAAACACAAAUGGCAGAAGUGCAGGUACAACACCACCAAGAAGACCCAACCCUGCACCCCCAAGUCCAAUAUCAACAUUUCCCUGGAAAAAUGACCCCACAACAAGGCUACAUGGACAACAAAGGCAUGCCUUGGCGAAACAGAGUACCCAAUGCUCCCAAACGUCAACACUGCAUAGGCAUCACCCUCUUCUUUCUCUUACUCGGCAUCAUAAUCCUCAUUGUCUGGCUUGCCUACAAACCCUCCAAACCCCACUUCAAAGUAGCCAGCGCCACCAUCUUCGGCCUCAACACAACUUCUCCGCCAUUCAUGUCCAUCUCCAUGCAGUUCACUGUCUUCAUCAGGAACCCGAACAAGCGCGUCUCCUUCUACAUCGAUAGGCUCUCUGCCUUCGUGUCCUACCGGAACCAACCCAUCACCCCACAUAUUAUGCUGCCGCCGCUCUACCUGGAGAAGCACAGUGCCGUGUCACUGUCGCCGGAGAUUGGAGGCGUGCCGGUGCCGGUGCCGGUUUCGCCGGAUGUGUCGAAUGGGUUGGUGAUGGAUGAGACGUAUGGAGCAGUGGGAGUGAAACUGGAGUUUCUUGGCAGGUUGAGGUGGAAGACUGGUGACAUAAAAUCUGCACAUUAUUGGUUGUAUGUUAAGUGUGAUCUGUUGUUGGGCUUGAAGAAAGGUGUUGUGGGUCAAGUUCCUAUUCUUGGUUCUCCAGUUUGUGAGGUGGAUACAUGAAGCUAGCUAGCUGCUGCUGUAUCUGAAGUAGUAACAAAGUACUGUGUGCACCUUACCGUCUUACAUUUUAAUGUUUUAUUUUUUCUCUGAAACCAGUAA